AAAGUUUCGAGGCUCAGAGGAACACAAUGACUUGGAUCAAACACUCUAAAUGAGAAGAGGGCAUUUCUGCAGCAUCCAGGGAGUCGUCAAAGUCCUGCUAAACCAACUAUCUCCUUUUUAAAGCGUUCAUGCUGCGGAAAGAAACGACUGAUCGACUUCCUCUUUCAAUGACCAGAGAUUAUUUCUGACAAUCCAGGAUAUCCCGAAAGCUAGGAGACAUAUGGCUGGAAAAUGAAAAGAUCUAGGAGCGUGGCCACAUCAUUAUUUUGUGUCGCGUGGGGCCAGAUGAGCACUCGGUGAACGGCGCAGGGAUGCGAACGGACAGUUUCAUAAUGUGAAAUUUUUUCUCCAUAACGCUAAAACAGAUUUCGUUUCCUUCUCAUUUCUUUUGGUCUCUAGUACCUGCUUUUCCUCCCUCUCUGCAAUAUCAAUUAACUCAACUCUGCAGCAGGGUGGCCAGAAAGGAAGAGAAUGAGGCGAUAUCCAUAACCUUAGGAAGUGUCGGACGAGUCGCAAACCAGGGAACUGCGGCUGCGACCCGCCGCGUCCAGUGCGGAUUUCAGGGUUAGCACUGCCUUGGCGGUCAUGGAGCGGACCGUGCCCUCGGUCCGCGGAGAAUAGAGACCCGGGCGCCGAGAGGAGUUCACUGAUCUUGCGGCAGGCUUUGAGGCCGUGGCUGGCUCUCAUCCGCUGUCUUUUAGCACCAUUAUCACCGUUCUCGAGAAGUCAUGGAAGAGGGCCCGCUGCCAGACCUCAGAGACAUCGAGCUAAAGCUGGGACGCAAAGUACCCGAGAGCCUAGUGCGCUCGCUCCGCGGGGAGGAGCGGGUUCCCGGGGAAAGGGACAGAGACCCCUGCGGGGGGAGCUGCAGCGGCGGCGGCGGCGGUUGCUGCAGUAGCAGCAGCAGCUGCUGCAGCUUCCCUCCCUCCUUAACAUCCUCCUCUUCGUCCUCCCCAACCUCUGGCUCCCCACGACGUAGCCACUCCAGCGCCCUGGAAAGGCUGGAAACCAAGCUUCACCUCCUCAGGCAAGAGAUGGUUAACCUCAGAGCCACAGAUGUCAGACUUAUGCGUCAGUUGCUCCUCAUCAAUGAGAACAUCGAGUCCAUCAAGUGGAUGAUGGAGGAGAAAGCCACCAUCACUAGCCGAGGCAGCAGUCUCAGUGGCAGUCUGUGCAGCCUGCUGGAGAGCCAGAGCACCUCCUUACGCGGCAGCUACAACAGCCUGCAGGAUGGCAGUGAUGGGCUAGAUGGCAUCUCUGUGGGAAGCUACCUGGACACUUUGGCUGAUGAUGUCCCAGGCCAUCAGACCCCUUCAGACUUGGACCAGUUCAGUGAGGGCUCCAUCAUAGAGGACUCCCAAGCCCUACACAAGCCUCCUAAAUUGGAUUCUGACUACUACUGCUUUGGCUAAUGACCCAGUUUUUUGCAUGGGACUGGUGUGCAAUUAACUUGUAUGUAUCCUUCUUCUCCGCUGCUAUAUUUUUGGUGUGAUUUUGUAAAAUAAGACAACCUUUUAAAAGAAGCUUAUUUUUAAACUGCUUAAUGACAUUUCUGUUGCUCCUAAUAUUUCUCAUCUAGACUGAUUUAUUUUUCUCUGUUACAUCUCUAUUUUUAUUUAUUAAAAUGAUUUUCCUCCCUUCUUUUAGAGUAGCACAAACAAAGUAGGGGGAAAAGAAUAAGCAAUAAUUAUGUUUUUGCUUUUGUUUUCAGAGCAAGGGGUCAGGGACUACAAGGAAAACUUUACUAAAUUUUACAGUAAACCAAAGUAUGAAAACUGUUAAUUUUGUUGCUGUGUCCUUAAAUGAUUCAAGAUUUUAUCUUCCAAAAGAUACUGAGGUCUAUUACUGUUUGUAGAUUAGGUUGCACAAACUUCUUGAACAAAAUCAAGGGUGCCAAUUAUGGCACACUUUUACAUGCCAUCAUUGGAAAGCCCCCAAGUGUAUGCAACCUGAUCACUUCACCUUUUUAUUGAUACUACACAUUAGGAUUUUGUCAUCAGUCAUUUUAACUCAUAUAUUAGACAUAUCUGUCUGACAAUAUGUAUUAGUAUUUCAAAUUUUGAGGAAUAUUGAGAUCAGGUAUGAUGGUGAUUAAAGGCAAAUAUGCCCUACAUUUGGGAUUUUGUUGGCGUUUUCUUAUAAGCACUUUGCAAUUCUACUGGGAUGUCUAAACAUAUAUGUGUAUCUACAGAUGGAUAGAUAGACAGCCACACAGGUAACAGAUAUCAUAGGAAAUCAGCAUCUUUUAUCCACUUAUGAAGUCCACUUAUGAUAUUUUUUCAUCCUGGGAAGGAUAAAUAGUCUUUUAAUUUUCUGAAAUGAUACUGGAAAUAUUUAUAACUUAUGCAGUGAGUGAAAAUUUUAAUUUUGAUAUUUUUAGUCCUCUACAAAUUUUUAUCUAGAUGAUUCCUAGUGAGACAAUUUAAUUAAAAUUUCAAGCUGUUCUUUGUUACAAUUUACAAUAUGAAUCAAAAAAGUUUUCUUGCUUGUAAAUGAGAAGUUUCCUUUUAUUCUAUACUCAUUGCACACCUGGAAACUUAUCAUUUGUUUCCAAGACAUAUAUUAUUCAAUUUACAAUUAAAAGCUCUCAGUGCACAUAUUUUUCAUUAGUUUUUUCCCUAAAUUCUUAGGUAUAAUCCUCAUCACUAUAAUCCCAUAAUGUCAGGAUUGUCACUAUUAUAAGUUUAAGGAAACUGUGGCACAAAGAAUGUGAGUCACUGCAUUAAAUCUUCCACUAAAUGUCCAAAAUAGAAUUUGAAUUUGACUCUGUUGUAUUCCUAUCACUGAUACUCAAUAACCUCUUUGCUUAUUGACUUAAAAUAAUAAAUGUGAGAAAGCAAAUUUAAACCCAUGAUAAAAAAGUGUAGCAAACUAUUUUCUGGUAGUAUCCAUGUUUUCCUAUACUGAAUCUACCAAGCUCUUUCUUGAAAUCACGUGUACCAAAUCAGUGUUAUGCCUAGUGAUGACUCAGAGAGGGAGCCACACAACAAUGGUUUCUAACAUAAUCCUUUCUCUCUGUGUACUUUUAUUUUCAACUCAGUAAAGGGUGGUUGGCUGGUUAUUUGUUUGAUUUUAAUCUGGAAUCAAACCAAGAAGUUUUUAGCACAGAUUGUUUAUCAUAUUAAAAUUCAAGAGCACACAUUGUGACCCAACAGAAAAAACAACCUCAGAACCAAGACCAAUGAAUUUCAAACAGAAGGUAGUGAAAUAUGUAACCAUAUGUCUACAGCACAGCAAAAAAAAAAAAAAAAAUCCUUCACAAGAGGAAAGUGAGCAGACAGCAAUGCAAGAGGAAAAAAGAGUGAAUUCUAACCUCUUUAAGACUCAACAUUUGGCUACAAGAAGCUAUGUAUAUAAAAGACAAUUUCUGCUCAGAUCAUAGAUUCAGACUAUGAAUUCAGUAUGAAGAUUUUUUAAAAUAUAUUUUUCUUUUCCAACCAGCUUCCCUGAUAUUUGUCCAUACCUUCUAUAAAUUGACCUUGUAUAGAAUAGAAACUUUAAAAAAUUAUGAGUAUUAUGUAGAAGAAAUGUAUAGAAUAGUUUUCAGUUAGAAAUUAUAUUUUAAGAAAACUAUAAUGGACAUUGGCAGAAUAUCUGAGAAUAAUUUUUGGCUCCAUUAAUAGUAAAAAUUUUAAUGUUUAUAUGCUUUAUAUUUAUUCCAACUUGUUUCGCAAGAGAUAGCAAAUAUUGAUUGUAUAUACCAACAAUGUUUUCAUAGUUGAUUUCAUUAAGAGGAGGAGAAUAUGGUAAUAAACAAGAUUAAUUACUAACAUA